CCUGAGCCCGGGCACGUCCGCGUCCUAUGCAAAUAAGGUCGCAUCACCGCUGACGUAGCGGAGAGCCGGUUAUAAAACUGUAUCCCUCCGCCAGAGCUCCUACGCAGAAGAGCAGAGUGCGGCAACAGCGAGAGGAAGACACCUAACGGGCAUCAGGACAAGAUGGCAAGCACCAAGGAGAAGCUGAUCCACAAUGUGGUGUCCGAGCCGGCCGUCUCCAAGAACAAGGUCACCGUUGUCGGCGUUGGCGCAGUGGGCAUGGCCUGCGCCAUCAGUAUCCUGCAGAAGGAUCUGGCCGAUGAGCUCGCCCUGGUCGACGUGAUUGAGGACAAGCUGAAGGGCGAAAUGAUGGAUUUACAGCAUGGCAGCCUCUUCCUGCGGACUCCUAAGAUUGUGUCUGGCAAAGAUUACAGCGUCACAGCCAAUUCUAAGCUGGUGGUGGUGACAGCCGGAGCCCGUCAGCAGGAAGGGGAGAGCCGCCUGAACCUGGUGCAGCGCAACGUCAACAUCUUCAAAUUUAUCAUUCCCAAUAUUGUAAAGUACAGUCCUGACGCCAUCCUGCUGAUUGUCUCCAAUCCUGUCGAUGUCCUGACCUACGUGGCCUGGAAAAUCAGUGGCUUCCCCAAGCACCGCGUCAUUGGCAGCGGCUGCAACCUGGACUCUGCUCGUUUCCGCUACCUGAUGGGAGAGAAGCUGGGCAUCCACCCCCUGAGCUGUCACGGCUGGAUCAUCGGUGAACACGGAGACUCCAGUGUGGCCGUCUGGAGCGGGGUUAACGUAGCCGGCGUCAGCCUGAAGACCCUGAAUCCUGACAUGGGGACGGACAACGACAAGGAGAACUGGAAGGAGGUUCACAAACAAGUGGUUGACAGUGCAUAUGAAGUGAUCAAGCUGAAGGGAUACACGUCCUGGGCCAUCGGCCUCUCAGUCGCAGAUCUUGCUGAAACUACCCUGAAGAACCUCAGACGCGUUCAUCCCAUUUCCACUAUGGUGAAGGGAAUGUACGGUGUAAAGGAGGACGUCUUCCUCAGCAUCCCAUCCGUCCUGGGUAACCAGGGCAUUACAGAUGUGGUGAACAUGACCCUGAAGGCUGAGGAGGAGGAGCGCCUCAGGAAGAGCGCAGACACACUAUGGGGUAUCCAGAAGGAGCUGCAGUUCUAGGCCGUGCUCUUCCGUUUACGUGUCUGUUGUCUUUUCAAUGUCUUCUUAAGUUGCACUUUUUGCGUAGGUCAAUUCCCUUGUGUUGUAAUCAUCUGUAUUUGUGAAAUUGCCAAUAGCGAUGUUCCGGUCUGUACAGGCGGCCGCGGCGUAGUACCGUGUCUUAUGGUAGCGCAUGGCACUAGGUUACAGAAAGGGUUAACUUAAUAAUCUCUGGGAUUAACCAAUUAUCAUCGUCUGACAUUCACAUUUACGUGGCCCUUACAAGCAUCUUCCUGGCCUGAGAAAACAAAAGGAAUGAAGGCAGCGGCUGUCCACUUAAAGGGGCCCCCCACCAACUUUGUGCUUGCCUCUGUUGGCGGCCUAGCGCCUAUACAGUUUAAGUCAGUCUGGUUGCUAUGGAUACACUACAUAACAACUAGAGAUGAGCGAAUCUCAUAUUUAGAAAUUCACGCUUCGUUUGGUGGUAAAAGCAGAAUUGCGUUAUGGAUUCCGGACCAUAACACAGUUCUAUGACUGAACGCCUUUAAAGGCAUUCUGUCAUAAUAGAAGUCUAUGGGCUGCAAAACGGGACGGAUCUGUAGACUUCUACUAUGAAGGAUUAAAUAACGGAACGCCUCUAAAGGCGUUCAGUCAUAGAAUUACGUUAUGGUCCGUGGUAAAGGAAUCCAUAACACAAUUCUGCUUUUACCACCAAAUGAACCAUAUUUCAUAACAAUAACAUCUCUAAUAACAGUAGGGUAGUUGGGUCGCCCUUCCUUAGCAGCCAGCCUGACCCCGAUUACCCCUUUAACUGGAACACUGUACUUCUACAACAUGGCCAAGUAGGAGACUCCUGUGACCACGGAAGAUCCAGAAGAUGUUUACAGCGCGGAUAGGAUUUCACAUUAGGUGUUCUGUUCCCAUCACCAAAGAGAGAAUCUAUAGAAGAGUAUAUAUAUAUAUAUAUAUCUCACAUGUGUCUCGUAUGUUAUCUUCACUUCCAUGAGAGGAAAGUUUAAUGUGUUUACAGCAGAAAAUCUGAGGCAACAUGAACUUUGGCAACAAUAAAAAAAAAAUAAUUAAAAAAUC